UAUUUUGUAUUACUGUGAAGACCUCUGAUUGGACCUGCACAUUUCUAGCUGUGUGACAAGUUCUUCCCAUUGGAGAAUUACUUCCAUAGACUGCUUUAGCAAUGUUGAGAUUCAGCUCGGGCAUGGUGAAGAAUCUUCCUUUGAAGAAGAGAGUUUGUUUUCUUUUGAUGCUUGUGUGUCUUGCCUGCUCAGUGUUAAUCUUUUGUGAAUUUUUAAUUUAUUAUGUAGUGAUAUUUCAGUGUUAUUGGCCAGAAGUGAAAACUGACACACUUAAGGGCAGCAGACAAACUUCAGCUUCUGUUUUGAAGGCAAUGUUUUUAUCUGAUACCCACCUGCUUGGUGAAAUCAAAGGGCACUGGCUGGACAAAUUAAGAAGGGAGUGGCAAAUGGAGAGAGCCUUCCAAACUGCCCUGUUACUGCAGCCAGAUGUUGUUUUUAUUCUGGGUGAUGUCUUUGAUGAAGGGAAGUGGAGCCGCUCACAGGCUUGGGCAGAUGAUGUCGGGAGAUUUCAGAAGAUGUUUCGACAUCCAGCCGAAACUGAGCUUGUGGUUAUUGUUGGCAACCAUGACAUUGGCUUUCAUUAUGAAAUGACCACUUACAAGUUAAAACGAUUUGAAAAAGUCUUCAACUUCACCUCAGAAAUGCUAGUAACCCGGAAAGGAGUCAAUUUUGUGCUGGUGAACAGUGUUGCUCUGGAGGGUGAUGGCUGCACCAUCUGCAGUUUAGCAGAGGCAAAGCUCAUCGAGCUUUCUCAUAAAUUGAAUUGCUCCCAGCAGGAACAGAAGCAUUCCAACAGAAGGUGCAGAGAGAUGGAACAGCUUCCUGUUUCACAGCCAAUCCUUUUACAGCAUUACCCUCUUUAUAGGAGGAGUGACUCUGAAUGCACUGGAGAAGAUUCUGCCCCUCCUGAGGAGAAGACCAUCCCGUUUAAAGAAAAGUAUGAUGUACUUUCUCAAGAAGCUUCACAAAAGCUGAUAUGGUGGUUUCAUCCCCGCUUGAUUCUGAGUGGCCAUACCCACAGUGCCUGUGAAAUACUGCAUGAUGGGAAAAUUCUAGAAGUCAGUGUCCCAUCAUUCAGUUGGAGGAAUAGAAACAACCCUAGUUUCAUUAUGGGUAGCAUAACACCGACCAACUUCUCCCUCCAGAAGUGCUUCCUUCCAUUUGAGAGCAGAGUUUUUACUAUAUACUGUGCAGCUGGAGCUCUGCUUGUGGUCCUCCUACUAGCUCACUUUCUCAUGCCAUCUUUUUAUUUUGCUCAGCGUUUAAUCAGUAAGCAUAAAGCAGUAUGAAGAGCCAAACAUCUGCAGUCAGUCACUGAUACCAAAGCUGAGAACAGUCAAACAUCAGACUAUAUUCAUGCCAGCAAAUGACCUAAUUUGAUUGCUAGUCCAAAGGCAGGUUGCAUUCACACAUACCAUAGAAGUCCUAUACAGUUGAUAUGACUACUACAGGAUAAAUAAUUAACUGAAAUUGUUUCAUGCUGUACAAAAAUACUGUAUUCUACAAUCAAAUGAGUCCUUUUCUGCUAUAUUUUUUGUAUCAAAUAUGUAUAUUAAAAGUUUAACUGUACAUUA